AUGGCGCCACGUUUAGCCUCAAAGUUUGAGAUCAAUGCCGACAUGGGCGAAGGCUUCGGCCGUUGGAAGAUGGGCCCCGAUGAGGAGCUGAUGCCCUACAUCGACGCCGCCAACAUCGCCUGCGGGUUCCACGCUGGUGAUCCCUCCAUCAUGCAUAAGACCAUCGCUCUCUGCAAGCAGCACGGCGUCAAGGCCGGCGCACACCCAGGUCUCGCCGACCUCCUCGGUUUCGGACGUCGUAAGAUGGAAAUCGACCCCAAGGACAUGUAUUGUAUGGUGCUCUACCAGGUCGGCGCCCUCAAGGCGAUGCUCGACGCGCAGGGCGUGCCGCUCGCGCAUAUCAAGCCGCAUGGCGAGCUCUUCUUCUAUAUGCAGCGCGAUCUGGCCAUCAUGCGUGCCGUGCUUGAGGCAUGCGCUACCUUUAAAGUGCCCGUGUACGGCGCAUGCAAUGCGGCGCAGGCGGAGAUGUGCGCGGAGCUCGGCGUCGAGUUCCAGGGGGAAGUGGGCGCUGUUGCCCGUAGCGAAGUCGCAGCCGGCGACGCCGGAGAGGUGUUAUGA